AAAAGUUCCUAAACCCGUAGCCGGAGUGACGACGCAUGGCUGUGAGCGCAGCGAGAGUGAUCGCUGGUGAAUGGGCAUCCGGAAAGCACUCCCGCCUCUUUCCUUCCCCCGCUGCUGCAAUCACGGCUUUCUCUUUCGCCAUAGCUGGUUUGGCCUCCUUCUGCACCGAGGCUGAUGGUGUUCUGAGCUCUCGGGUCAAGAUCUUUGAUCGUGAUCUCAAGCGCAAGCAUAGGGAUAGAGCUGCGUGGUUGAUGGGGGGAAAGAACGAUUUCGUGGACUCUGUAGCGGAAAACCUUCUUGAUCGACUGGAGGAUUGUAAAAAGACAUUUUCUACUGCACUAUGCUUGGGGGGUUCCUCAGAGGCCAUCCGACGCCUCAUACGAGGUCGUGGUGGUAUUGAAAAGCUGAUCAUGAUGGACAUGUCCCUUGACAUGGUUAAGCAUUUGAAGAAUACAGAGCAGAAUUAUGUUAGUAAUAACCUUGAGACAUUAUACAUGGUUGGAGAUGAAGAGUUCCUUCCCAUUAAAGAGAAUUCCUUAGAAUUGGUGGUCAGUUGUCUAGGACUUCAUUGGACAAAUGAUCUUCCUGGAGCCAUGAUACAGUGUCGACUGGCACUAAAGCCUGAUGGUCUAUUUCUUGCAGCUAUACUAGGAGGAGAAACUUUGAAAGAGCUUAGAAUGGCUUGCACUAUUGCUCAGUUGGAACGUGAGGGAGGCAUCAGCCCUCGAAUGUCACCUUUAGCGCAAGUCCGGGAUGCUGGAAAUCUUCUCACAAGAGCAGGUUUCGCUCUUCCUGGGGUUGAUGUUGAUGAAUAUACUGUCAGAUAUGAUAGUGCUUUGGAGCUUAUUGAACAUUUGCGCACAAUGGGUGAGACUAAUGCACUAUUGCAGAGAAGUAAUAUUCUGAAAAGGGACACUGCUCUCGCUACUGCUGCUGUUUAUGAAUCGAUGUUUGCAGCAGAGGAUGGGAAAAUUCCAGCAACUUUUCAGGUUAUAUACAUGACUGGAUGGAAAGAACACCCCUCUCAGCAGAAAUCAAAGUCUAGAGGCUCAGCAACAAUCUCAUUCGAAGAUAUUCAAAACCAUUUUCGUAGCAACGAAGUUAGUUGAGCAGAGCAAUGCUUCUCGUGUGGAUUUUUUUUUUAUUCUUUAAAUAUUAAUUUAAUACAACAAACAACAACAUCAAGCCUUUGACGCACUA